GUUGAAUGAUGCCGGACGAGGAGCUACACACAAUAUAUUGACAUCUUGUAUUGAAAACUUACAGAUUUUAAGGAUAGACAGAGUGGCAGAAUUGAUGGAAUAAUGAGGGCGCAUUUACGGAACCCGACUUUCUUCAGAUUUCCUACCGCAUGUUUUUUAAUUAUUUUUCUUACCAUUUCUAAUGUGCAUUCGGCUGUUUUUUAUGGACAAAUUGAGGAAGGCGCACCUCCUGGAACUGUUGUCGAUGGGUUUCUUUUUCCUCUGGGAGACAAAUGCAAUGAAUUAAACAUGGUUGGAUUUAAAACAGUUUUAACAGGGGAGGACUCGUCGGAUUUUUCACUUGAAUAUCUGAACAACUCAGGAUUCGUUUUAAAAACCACCAAAACUUUUGACAGGGAUUCCAACUCGAGAUUUACAGUGAGCGCGCGCUUGCCGCGCUGCAAUAUAACAGCCGAAGAAGUGACAGUUAAGAUCGAGAUACUUGAUCAAAACACCGAUAAGCGACAUGUUAACGCAACAACUGACAGUAUAGAGAUUCUUACCGAUGCUGAAAGCCGAGUUAGGAAGCCAAGAACCGUUUCUGAAAAAGUAUCCUAUACCAUUACAGUUUCUGAAGAUGUCAAAGUCGGAGGCUUGAUCUUUACGGUACCGGACCAGAAGUUCGAGAAGAAAUGGUUCGAGGUGGUUUCGGACGGGAACUCACCGGUCCAGAUAGAAAGAGACUCCGGACGCGUGUACUUGGCGUUUCGUUUGAUGUCAACAGCCGAGGUCAUGGUCAAAAUCCACAACAUGAGAGGUGAUGAAUGGUACCUGUGCUGGCUGACUCUGACCCUCCCCAACCUGUCAGAUGUGCAGUGGGCCAUGUUCCCCUACCCCUACUUGGCAGCUGUAGGCCCUGACACUGGUGCUGGCUCUGUGGUCUACAAGCUCGUGGCCCGAAGUGGAGAUGGCUCCGUGGGAACAGCUCACUUCCUUUUAGUUGGUGGUGGAGAAGAUUCAUUUGAAGUAGACAGAGAAACAGGAGAAGUGAAGACCACAGGGCGACCUCUGACCCCCAGUAAGGAGUACACACUGACUGUCCAGGCUGUGGACUCGCAGGGCAGGAGGGGUCCGCACGCCUCUGUGUUCAUACUAGCUGGCUUCCGGCCCCCUCAGUUCACCAACACCACCUACACGAUCUACAUCCCAGAGAGCACUGGGGUGGGCCAAGCGGUGGAGGUGGUCCAGGCUAUCUCUUUCCAGAGGAAGACUCUGUCUUAUAUGCUGCUGGUGAACCCAAGCAACCUGUUCAGCAUAAACCAAGAGAGUGGUGCACUCAGCCUGACACGCACUGUGGACUUUGAGAGUGGACAACAUCUCCAUCAUCUGCAAGUCAGAGUUUCCGAACCAGAUACAGGACUGAGCAACAUGGCAGAAGUGGUGGUUCACAUCACAGAUGAGAAUGACUGCACACCAGAAUUUAUGCACUCCAUUUACAGUCGAGACAAUGUCCCUGAGACCACCCCUACUGGCACAUCCUUACUGCAGGUUCUGGCACGGGACUGUGAUACGGGCCUGAAUGCAGAACUGUCCUACUUCAUCCAGAGUGUGGACUUUGACAUCUCAUCUCAGGGAGUGGUGAGCCCCAGUCAGAGGCUGGACUAUGAGAGACCCAACCACAUGUAUGAGUGCACGGUGGUGGCCGUGGACAAGGGAGCGCCCCCUCGCACAGGCACAGCCUCCAUCCGAAUCCGCAUGGCCAACAUCAACGAUGAAGCCCCUGUCUUUUCGCAAAAUAUGUAUGGUUCUUUUCUGUCUGUUUUACAUUUCCUUUUGAUUGCAAAGCUUUCAGGAAUAUUUGAUUCUGAUUGGUCAGUCACAACAAUCUGCAAUCAAAUAUUUGCAUAUAAUCACUACUUAAACUAUAUAAUUGACCCUUGAUCUCUCAAAGGCAUCAUCAAACUGCGGCGUAGUCCUCCUCCUAAACUGCGCGGGCCUCAGUAUGUCCUCAAUGUCACGGCGACUGAUGACAACGCAGCCAGUGGGCCACUCCCCCUUAGCAGCUCAUCCCAGGUCAUCGUUGGCAUCAAUGACAUCAACAACAACAAGCCAGUAUUUGAUGAGUGUCAUAACUACAGUGUGAAUGCACUGGUCCUGGAGAAUCAGCCCCCGGGGACUUUUGUUCUGCGCAUGCAGGCUCACGACGCCGACACUGGGGUCAACGGGGAGGUCAAGUACGGGAUAAUGCAGAGGGACGGGGCCUCACCCGGGUUCACUAUCAACCCUGACACAGGUUUGAUCAGUACGGCGGUAAGUUUUGAUCGAGAGAGGCAGCGAGAGUAUACACUCUCGGUCACGGCUACGGAUCAAGCACAGGAGCCCCUCAUCGGCAUCUGUCAGAUCACUGUCCUCAUCGCUGACCAGAACGACAAUGACCCCAAGUUUGAGAACAGCCGCUACCAAUACUUUCUGCGAGAGGACACACCAGUUGGGAUGAGCUUCCUGAGGGCGGCGGCUCAUGAUGACGACCAGGGCUCCAAUGCGGCCAUCACCUACUCUCUGUCCCAGCAGAGCCCAGCUUACUUUCAUAUCAACCCCAGCACAGGAUGGAUCUACGUCAACCACCCUAUCUCACAGACAUCACGGAUCAGCCAGCAGAUCAUCGCUACAGACGGAGGGAGUCGGAGCAGCUCAGUCGACCUCACUGUCAUCAUCACCAAUGUGCACAACCAGCCCCCGCAGUGGGAACAGGCAAAAUAUUGGGUCACGAUCCCGGAGAACACACCGCGCGACACCAAAAUAGAGGCGACGUCCCCUCUUGGUGACCCCAGGGUGACUUACAACCUGGAGGAGGGUCAGGUUCCUGAGACCAACAUGCCCGUGCGCUUCUACAUCAAGCCUAACCGGAGGGACGGUUCUGCCUCUAUCCUGGUGGCAGAGAAUCUGGACUAUGAGACCACGCGUUUCUUUACGCUCCGAGUGCGUGUACAGAAUGUGGCGGCUGUACCACUAGCUUCCUUCACCACUGUCUAUGUCAACAUCACAGAUGUAAACGACAAUGUUCCCUUUUUCAUGUCAUCCACAUAUGAGGCGACGGUCCCAGAGGGUGCGGAGAUUGGCACAUCAGUUGCUCAGGUCUCAGCAACUGACCUGGACUCUGGUCUCCAUGGAAUGAUUAACUACAUCAUUCUGAAGGAUCAAAGUGGGGACUCACAGUUCUUUAGCAUUAAUUCCUACAUGGGCAUCAUCCACACCCGGUCCACCUUCGACCGUGAGCAGAAAGGCUCCUACUUGAUCGAGGUCCAGUCUCAGGACAGCUCAGAGUCGGCCCGACCCGGUCAGCAGGGUCAACCCAACACAGACACAGCCUACGUGAGGGUUUUUGUCACAGAUGUAAAUGACAAUGCUCCAGCCUUCUCUCAGCCUGUAUAUGAGAUCAGUGUGGAGGAAGACAAAGAAGUGGGCUUUGUGGUCAUUACCGUUACAGCUAACGAUGAAGAUGAAGGUGCCAAUGCCCAACUUCGGUACCAGAUUACCUCUGGGAACACCAUGGGCACAUUCGAUGUGGAGCCAGAGGUUGGCACGAUCUUCAUUGCCCAGCGGCUAGACUAUGAGCAGGUGCAGCGCUAUGAGUUACGGCUGGUUGCGUCGGAUGGAAAAUGGGAAAACCAGACAAUGGUUGUCAUUAAUGUCAUCAACCAAAAUGAUGAGGCACCCCUUUUCACUCAGACUGAGUACCACGCCAGCGUCAUGGAGGAACUUACAGAGCUUCCUGUCCUUGUACUUGAGGUCUCAGCCACGGAUCCAGAUCAGGAGGCGGACCAGCGUGCGGUGCGGUAUUCUCUACACGGGCAGGGAGCUGGUAACGAAUUCACCAUAGAUGAGAUGAAUGGUAGGAUCUUCGCCCAACGUCGUUUAGAUCGCGAGGUCCGCUCAGCCUGGCAAUUCCUGGUACUUGCCACUGAUGAGAAUGGGGCAGGUCUUACCGGGUUUGCUGAUGUUCUAGUCGAAGUGCAGGAUAUCAAUGACAACGCACCUGUCUUCCUGUGUGCAACAGACAACUCCUUUUUGGGUCAUGUGCCUGAGAAUUCCCCAGCGGACACUUCCAUAAUGGAGAUGCGGGCCACCGACCUAGAUGAUCCAAAAGCUGGGAAGAAUGCUAUCCUUACCUACAGAAUUGUGCAGAAUGUGCACAAUGAGAUCAAUCUUAACCUCUUCUCCAUCAACCCAGCCACAGGCACUAUCUAUACUGUUUUGCGCUCUUUGGACAGGGAAGUGGUGGAUCGAUACCUGGUUGUGGUAGAAGCUCGUGAUGGAGGAGGACUUUCGGGGACAGGAACAGCCACCAUCGUAAUUUCCGACGUCAAUGACCAUCCUCCGGUGUUCACCCAGAGAGUCUACAUGGCCUCUAUGCCAGAAAACUUGGACAUCAACAGCGAGGUAGUGGUAGUGGCUGCCACCGAUGGUGAUGAAGGUGAAAAUUCAGUCAUGACGUUCAGCAUCAUUGGUGGAGAUGAAGACCGCAAAUUUUUCAUUGAGACUGACAAGGUGAACCGCCGUGGCAUAGUGAGACUGAAGAAGAAGAUUGACUUUGAGAAGCCACAUGAGCGCACAUUCAACCUGACGGUCAAAGUGGAGGAUGCUGACUUCUUUAGCCUGACCUACUGCAUCAUUCAGGUGGAAGACUCCAAUGACCACACUCCAGUCUUCUUCCCACAGUUCUACGAAGCGGGAUCCAUGUUCGAGGACGUUCCAGUAGGCACCGUCGUCGCACAGGUGACAGCAGUGGAUCUGGACUCUGGACAAAAUGGGAGGUUCACAUACAGCAUCGCCCCAGAAUCCGACCCCUUUCAGCAGUUCCUGGUAGAUAAGAGUGGUUGGGUUGUGGUAGCUGACUCUCUGGACAGGGAGAAGGUGUUUCAACAUAGGCUUAUGAUCCUGGCCACAGACAUGGGCAGCCCUGCUCUGACUGGCUCUGCCAUCGUGCUAGUGACUGUACAAGAUGUCAAUGACAAUGGACCAGAGUUUGAGGCUCCAUAUCAGCCCAUUGUGUGGGAGAACACUAUUGCGCCACAGGUCAUUCACAUGAACGAUACAUCCAUUCUGUUGCAUGUUAUUGACAGAGACACGUCAUCCAACGGAGAGCCUUUUUCCAUCCGUCUGCUGAUGCUGACCUCUGUUGUUACUAAUUUCAACUUGACUGAUCUGCGGAACGGCAGUGCCAUGAUAACCGCUCUCCGCAGCUUUGACCGGGAACAGCAGAAGCAGUAUCUUCUCCCCAUCCUGAUGAUUGACAGCGGCUCACCACCAGUGAGCUCCACCAGUACACUCACCGUCAUAAUUGGAGAUAAAAACGACCAUCCCCAUGCACCUGGACACAGCGAGUUCAUAGUGUACAACUUACAGGGUACACUCCCCAUGAUGGUGCUUGGACAGGUUCAAUCCCCUGACCUUGAUGAUUGGAGCGAGAAGGUUUACAAGUUCGAAGGCAAACCCCCCAGGCAAUUCAGCCUGAACCAAAACACCGGUCAGCUGAGCAUCCGAGAGGGAACACCAGCUGGAUUCUACAGCCUGCAGGUGAGGGUGGCAGAUAAGAGCUGGCCUGACGUCACCUCAUCAGCCGAGGUCAUGGUGAUGGAGCUGGAGGAGGAGGAGCUGAGGAAUGCUGGGUCAAUCAGACUGGCCAACCUGACUGCAAAUGAGUUUUUCCAAGCAUCAAUGAAUGAGGAGAGCCGAUACAUGCGUCUCCGCCGCCUCUUGUCCGAGCUCUUCCAGAUUGAUAUGGAGAACGUUGACAUCUUUAGCCUGGCCAGUGGCAGCCAGCCAAUGCAGCAUCACCUCAGCGUGUGGUUUGCCGCCCAUGGCUCGCCAUACUACAAGCCCGAGAAACUCCAUGGCUACGUGGCAAUGCACAAAGCUAAGUUGGAGUCCGCUCUGGGUGUGACCAUUCUACAGGUGGGGGUGGACGAGUGCGCCUAUGCAGCCUGCGGUCAGACAGGUGGCUGCUCUAGCAAGGUGACAUUCAGUGACACCCCUAAAACACUGAACAACGGGAAUGUCUCUUUGGUGUCCGUCUCAGCCAAAGCGAGCGCUCAGUGUGGCUGCCUUGCUCGAGAGUGCGUUCACCUGCACUGCUCUUCAUACUCACAAAACCCUUGCCUGAAUGGAGGCACCUGUGUGGAUAGUGAACUAGGCUACAGGUGUAAAUGUCCCCCUAUGUUUGAUGGACCAGAAUGCCAUCAAACCAAACACAGUUUCCUUGGCAAUGGUUAUGCUUGGUUCUCGCCCAUAAAGCCUUGCUUCCAGAGCCACAUCUCUCUGGAGUUCAUCACAGAGGCAGGCAAUGGCCUGCUGUUCUACAAUGGCCCAAUGGGAACACCUCAGCCUGGAGAAAAAGAGGACUUCAUUGCACUGGAGCUGAAAAAUGGAGUUCCUGUGCUGAGUGUGAAUCACGGCUCGGGGACUCUAACACUGCAGCUGUCCGCGAGAGCCACUGUCACGGACCGCCGCUGGCAUCACCUCGACAUCAUCAGCGACGGCAAGACUGUCCAGAUGAUUCUGGACCACUGCUCUGGUGCCAUGGUGAACGAGGUGGAAGGCCUGGGAGUUGAGAUGUUUGAGACUGAUCAGUCAGUGUGCAAGGCCUCCGGAGAGACGCCAGGCAGUGAAAGGUUUUUGGAUGUCUACCAACCUCUCCAGUUGGGUGGGGUUAAAGAGACACACUCACUCCGUAGGUCACACCCCCAUUACAAAGGAUUUGUGGGAUGUGUGAGGAACCUGGUGGUGGAUAGUCAGGUGUACGACCUCGGCAGCGCAGCAGAGAGCGAGAACAGUGCCCCAGGAUGUGCCCUAACAGAUGGUGUGUGUAUGACCACUGGAGGACCCUCUUGUGGGGUCCAUGGGAAAUGUCUGGGGGAAUGGGGCUCCUUCAGCUGUGAUUGCCACCCUGGAUAUAGUGGACACAAGUGUGACAAAGCCCUUCCUGAGUGGUCGUUUGAGAAGGACAGUGUGCUGAGGUACCAGCUGAGAGGUGGAGGAAGUCCACGCAAAACCCAAGCGCACUUCCUGCUGAGAACCCGCUCCUCCAUGGGCAGCCUGAUCAGCAUGGCCUCACGUGACACCAACGAGUUCAUUAUCCUGGAAAUAGUAGAUGGGUACCUCACUGUCCGUGCUAACCUUGGGGACGGCACUCACUCUCUGAAGUUAGCAGGUCAUCACGUGAACCACGGCCAGUGGGUCUUCGUCAGCAUUCAUCGCCAUGACAACAUCUUUACCCUGCGACUGGAGCAGGGUGGGGGUUCACGGGAGGUCACAGGGGUCCUGGGUCAGAAAAAGGAAAUAGUAGUUCACCCCUCCAGUGUGUUUCUGGGAAACAGCUCCACUCCAAACACACAGGGAGACUUUCAGGGCUGUAUGCUGGAUGUAAGACUGAACGGUCACUCUCUGCCGCUGGAUGGUCAGGGCACAGAGUUCAGUACUGUACUGAAGCGCCGUGGGGUCGUGCCCGGCUGCCACUCUGACACCUGCAGUGCCAAACCCUGCCUGAGUCCGCUGUACUGCGUUGACCUGUGGAGGAAACACGUGUGCAGGUGUCCAGCCAAUCAGGUUGCAGUGGUGGAUGAGGUCACAGGUCUUUUGCAUUGCGCCCCGUCCCCCUGCGGCCCCACCACAUGUCGUAAUGGUGGCACCUGCCUGGCUCACUCCACCAAGAGCUACCAGUGCCGCUGUCCAGAGGGCUUCAGAGGCCAGUGGUGUGAGAUCGGCCGGGUCAAAUCUCUCCAUCUCACAGCACUCAGUCCGAGCUCCAUCCUAGCCAUCAGCAUGUGUCUGCUCGUAUUUUUUGCCGUGCUUGUGGCGGUGACCGUAUGGAAUCAGAAGGGCAGUCGGAAUAAGUUCCGCAAGCGAGGUGUUUACCACAUCCCAGCAGAGCACGAGAGCUGGGAGGACAUCCGGGAGAACAUCCUCAACUACAACGAGGAGGGAGGAGGAGAGCAGGACCAGAACGCCUAUGACAUCACUGAGCUGAAGAGGCCGCUGUGUUCCAGCUUGUCCCAGUCCUCCUCCUGUACCACAGCCCCCCUCAUCAAGUCGUCCCAGGGCUCUCAGGAGGAGGUCCAUCCCUGCGGAAACAUCACCAAUGGAGCCACCCUUCCCUACCACCACAAUGCCAGCUGCAGCGGUCACUGCUCCAUGGACUUCAAGAGCUACGUGUCCCGCAUCAUCUGGGAGGCUGACAAUGACAGCCUGGCAUUCCCCAUGGACACCUACCACGUGUACUGCAUCGAGGGAAUGGGCUCCAGUGCGGGCAGCCUCAGCUCGCUGGGAUCGGCCAUUUCAGAGGAGGCCUUCACCUACGACUCCCUGCGGCACUGGGGCUCCAAGUUCGAAGCCCUCAGCGAGCUUUAUCGAGGACCGGAGCUGGCCGUCCCCUACAUGGACACGGUGCAAAGCCAAAGCCAGGAACAACAACAAUAACUGGACGACUUCAAGCCCAGCGUUUGUUUUUGUGUUAGUGUUUUAUAGCUUUUAUAGGGUUCCAGUUUGAACGCUACAAAAACGUGUCCUAAGAAAUGGUUUCUGUUCAUUUGUGAUAGUCACACAGCUUUAAGGGUGAGGAGCAGCUGAGGUUAGAGAAAUGUUUUGUUUUGUUUUAUUUAUUGAGUAAAAUAUUAAAUGUACUGUAUUUAUUUUUGCUCUGAUAGGGAACAAAGCCAGUGAAUCAUCAGGACUUCGCCAUGAUGAACAUGGUAUAAGGUCACAUCCAGCGUGUCACAACUAAGGUGCGUUUCAGUAAACACACGUGACUAACACUGCGUUCCAUUUGACUCCGAAAUUUCCAGCUUGCUUAGUGGAAAUGCGCAUUAGAAUGCCACUUUAUGUAAGAUUUCCAUCUUAGAAGCUUGCGCGGAACUUUGAUUUUGCCAAAAUGUGAAUUCACACUACUGUUCAA